AUGGAUCAUCGCAAGUCAUUUCGCCUUACCACGUCCCACAUGAACGAAGAGACGUUCUGGGUAACAAAUCCACCGCAUAUCUCACCCUUUCUCCAACCAUUUCUUCGGCGCAUCGAAUGGCUGGAUCAUUCCUUUCGCAAUUCGAAAUUCCUUAUUAUGCAAAUGCUUCAUAUCAAUCUCGCUAUGCGUCAUACCCUCUAUCAUUUAGCAAAGGAAUUCGAUGUGGACGAGCUCAUCAUCCUGGAUUCCGAUGGAAAAAUAGAGUGCUUCAGCGACCUUCUCGUCGACUGGGAGGACUGUGUCAAAGGCGUCGUACACAUCACCGACAUGAAUGACGUUCCAACUUAUCAAGAUACACUCGACCUGCUGUUCAAACGGCUCUGCGAUAUGGUUCAUGGAGGUUCAUCCGAAUGGCAGACGUCUCCGACAGAGGAAUAUGGAGCGACACAUGAGGAGCUGCCGAAUGGGGGUGGUCUGAACAGUAUAAGCUCACGACCAAACAUAAGCUUCCAUGAAGACUUGGCCCAUAGUACAUCAUCGGCGGGACCAUUUGGCACCCAGACCACCAGUUUGAGUGUGCAACAUGCGGGCUUUGAACUUGGGCUUCAGAAUGCGAAAAUUGCGAUGGAAGAAAAGUUAAAUCCAGUUGGAUCUACUAUGAUUUCCAAUGAGGAAUUAGACGUUCCCCCUUAUACGCCCAGGGUUAUGGACCUAGAUCCAUCCAGGGGUUCGACUGUCGCAGAAAGCUCGUCACAAGGGAAGGGGAAAGCGCACAUUACGGCUGCGAGCCAGCUUGAUACUUUGGCAAACCUGGCCGAAGCAUCAGAUAUACUUUCUCCCCUCAAGGCAGCUGCCCGGGCAACAAGAUCAAUCCUCGAUGUCAUUCAAGCCGCCGACGACAACCAAGAGGAAUGGGCAGACCUAGCGCAGCGUUUAGAAGAAUAUAUGUCCUCUGUUGAGAGCACAAUUACUACGUUCGAAUCGUAUCCUCAGGAGGAGAGGGUUGUGCACCAGGCUUUUAGCCAACCGCUCAUUCGUUAUGUGGAGCUCUUGGAGCAAUUUCACGGCACGGUUGCCCAUUAUAGGCAUAAACGGAGUCGCCUUGGCGCGCUUACUUCAUUAAGUAAAACAAAGGUUGACGCAGGCUCCAUCCGAAAAUUCAACCGCGAUAUUGAGGACCGACACAGGCAAUUCAUGGAGGCAUUAACCAUGUUCGCCGCAUUUCGCAUUCAAGUUGUUGAGCAGCAUACAAAGGCUAUCCUGACAGAAGUUGACGCUUUGACCAUGAUUCAGCUACCCAUAGUGGCAUCUGUGGCAUCCUCAAUGCACCGUACCUGUUUACCGGGAACGCGUCAGACUGUACUUCGAAUUCUUUGUCGUUGGGCGGAGGAUGACCUGCCACAAAGGCCAAUAUUCUGGCUCUCUGAUAUAGCAGGGUCUGGAAAAUCCACAGUUGCCAUGUCCAUGGUGGAAAUUUGGCGAGAAAGUGGACUCUUAGGAGGUCAUUUCUUCUUCUGUUUUACGACCAGCGAAGGAUCAACCACUGACAAGUUUUGCUCCACCAUUGCGAGAGACCUUGCACAUAACAUUCCCGAACUUGCUCCACACAUCGCCACAGCUUUAAAAAGGAACCCUUCCAUCAUGCGAAGACCAUUAAAUGAUCAGUUUCGGACGCUGGUCUCUGGUCCACUACAAUAUCGAAAGAGGCCAGUAAUUCUUGUCAUCGAUGCUGUUGAUGAAUGCAAGUCUGGAUCACAGAGAAAGGAACUUCUCGAGACCCUUUCUGCAGCCGCUCAAGAAACUAUGAACCUCAAGAUAUUUAUCACGAGUCGGCCAGACACUGUCAUCGAAGCAGUCUUGAAACCAAUUUCAAUCAGGAGAAAGCUGGAGAACCGCCUCCAUGGCACGAAUCAUCGUGAUAAUAUCAAUGAUAUUGCAGUUUAUGUGCACCAGUCGCUGGAUGGAGUUCUGUCGCAAGAAAAGAGACAACACCUCAUCACAAAGGCGUCGGGAUGGUUUAUUUGGGCAAGCAGUGCAUGCCGAAUGCUUAAAGACGAAAAGAUGUUGGAAAAUCCCCAGAGAUUAUAUGAUCGCUUGAUCACAGGAGGCGAGACUGAAGAUAUAGGCAAGGUGUAUAACAGCAUAUUCUGGCGCAUAGAGCCAAAGUACCACACAAAUAUGUGGAAUAUGCUCUCUGUUAUAGCUGCGGUCUUUGAACCGCUCACCACCGACGAUUUGGACGAUCUCAUGGGGCAUAUUGGAGUUGGCGGGAGUGCCAUAGCAUUAAUAAAUGCUUUGGGAGGGAUAAUUGCCGCGGAUAGCACUACAAGUCUAAUUCAUUUCUGUCAUCCUACCCUGGUAGAAUACCUUCGACAGUCUCCCAUCACUCAAACACACUCUCGUGACGAAAUAUACAUCGAUAUCGCCAAUGCACAUGGUCAAAUUGCAUCGUGGUGCUUCAAAAACCUCACAUCAAGGGUGGAAGGGCUCAAGUUCAACAUAUGUGAAAUUGAGUCCUCCUUUUAUCUGAAUCAGCAAGUCCCCGAUCUCGCGGCUCGAGUGUCGAGGUUUAUUCCCAGGAAGCUUCGAUAUGCCAGUUCCCACUGGUUGCACCAUAUGGCCAAAACCAACAGCGACUGGCAAAAAGCUUUAAAAUAUAAAGUUCGACAUAUCGUCAGAAGUCCAUAUGUUUUGUAUUGGAUGGAAAUUCUGAGCGUAACAGGCGGAGUGGCACGAGCAAUCUCUGGUCUUCGAGCCUUGACACUCCACGGGGAGCUUGAAAUGAGGACUAGACGUCGCAUUCUCGACAUUCACCGAUUUAUGAUGGAGUUCUCACUGCCAAUACAACAGAGUGCCCCACACAUCUAUAUUUCAGCACUUCCGUUCACCCCAACCGAAUCACAACUGCGUGUUGAAAGUCUGAAGAAUUGCGACGAGGUCCUGGUUGUGAGUCGUGGGCUUAGGGACACGUACCCCGUGCUCCCAACAAUCCUUCGCGGUCACAAAGGUGGUAUAUACGCUCUCGCAAUCUCUUCAGAUGGUUCACGGAUUGCCUCUGGGUCCUCGGAUAACACGAUUCGAGUGUGGGACGCCGACACGGGCCAGCCACUGGGCGAGCAAAUCCAAGGACAUAAAUCCUCAGUUACCGCUAUAGCGUUCUCACCGGACAACUUACGGAUCGUCUCUGGGUCAAAUGAUAACACCUUGCGACUAUGGGACGCGGACACUGGACAGGGAUUGGGGGAGCCACUUCGAGGUCAUGUCAACUCGGUCAACGCAGUCGCUUUCUACCCGGACAGCUCUCGAAUUAUCUCUGGCUCCAGUGAUAAUACAAUCCGGCUGUGGGAUGCAGAGAGUGGCCAGCCAGUGGGAGUGCCACUUCUAGGUCACGGAGGGGCAAUCUGCGCCCUUGCGUUAUCGCCAGAUGGAUCGCGAAUCGUCUCCGGCUCAGACGACCAGACAAUGCGAUUAUGGGAUGCUGGAACUGGUCAGCCACUGGGGAGCCCACUUCGAGGGCACGAAGACUCAGUCCUGGCUGUCGCAUUUUCGCCGGAUGGCUCCCAAAUUAUUUCUGGCUCAGCCGAUGAGACAGUUCGACUAUGGGACGCAGAAACUGGCUUUUCAUUGGAAGAGCCACUCCGGGGGCAUGAAGGUUGGAUAAAUACUGUCUCAUUUUCUCUAGACGGCUCUCAAAUCAUCUCUGGUUCGGAAGACACUACCAUCCGACUAUGGGAAGCGGAAACUGGUGAAUUAUUAGGACAGCCACUUCAAGGUCACAAAGACUCAGUGUUUGCCGUCACAAUUUCCCCAGAGAGAUCACGGAUUGUUUCUGGUUCAGGAGAUGGGACAAUUCGACUCUGGGAUUUAGUGACUGGUCAGCCGUUAGGAGAUCCACUUCAAGGCCACAACGACCUGGUCAACAGUGUCGCAUUCUCGCUGAAGAACUCUCGAAUCGUCUCUGGCUCGGCUGACGGUAGCCUGCGAUUAUGGGACGCAGAAACCAGCAAACCAUUGGGAGACUUACUUCGAGGCCACAAAGGUUCUGUUCUGGCCGUCGCAUUCUCCUCAGACGGUUCUAGAAUCGUAUCUGGAUCGGAAGACAGGACUAUACGAAUAUGGGACUUAGAAACUGGCCAAAUAUCAGGAGCACCACUAGAAGGGCACGAAGGCUGGGUUGAAGCCGUCGCAUUCUCUUUAGAUGGAUCUCUCAUAGCUUCUGGCUCGAGGGACAAUACGAUCCGGAUUUGGGAUGUCGAGAAUGGUCAACUCACUGGAGAACCACUGAGGGGUCACGAAAGCUCGGUUUCUGCUGUCGCUUUCUCACCGGAUGGCUCCCAAAUAGUUUCCGGUUCAUAUGAUAGGACUGUGCGUCUUUGGGAUGUACAGACCGGACGGCCAUUGGGACAGCCAUUGCGAGGGCAUGAAAGUGGAAUUGAUACUGUGGUAUUCUCUUCCGAUGGCUCACGGAUCAUCUCUAGCUCCGGCGACGAGACGGUGCGAAUAUGGGAUGCGAGAACUGGUCAACAACUGGAAGAGCGUUACAACUAUCCAGUCUCCGCCAUUUCUCUGUGGUCAAACGACCAGAUAUCUGGACAGUGGGAUGAACAGAUAGGUCAGUAG